AUGAUUCCACGAUUUGAAGAAAAAGGGGACCUUGACUAUGAAUUUGAGACAGAAGUUGCUACUGAGCAAAGACAUGAAGAAGAACACAAUACAGGUGAGCAAGGGCAGGAAGAAGAAACUCGAGAUGAUAAGUUUGAGUUGAGGGAGGAAGAGUAUGAAGGUCAUGUUGUAGAUGAGGAUGAGGAUGAGGAAGAGGAAGAGUAUCACUGUAAUGACCCUAGGGAAUGGUGGAACUGUGUAGUUGAUGAUUGUGAGGGUAAUGAUGGUGAGAGUGAUGGGUUUGAUUAUGAAGAUGAACUUCAAAGUUUACCAAGUGAAGAUGAUGGGAGUGGUUCUUCCAAAAGGCAUCGAGAAUUUAAUCCUAAGGUUCACUUGGAAAAAGUCAAAUUUGUUCUCAAAGUGGAAUUUUCUUCUGUGGAGUUGCUGAGAGAAGCAAUUAAAACAUAUUUCAUACAAGUUGAUAGGGAGUACUACUUUGUCUUCAAUAACUGUAAAAAAUUGAGGGUAAAGUGCAAUGGUAAAGGAUGUCCUUGGGUGUUGUAUGCUUAUGUACAGAGGGACAAUAUGACAUUUAGGAUAAACACACUUGUAGAUGAGCAUUCUUACAGUUUGAUAACUACCAAUACCAAGUUUUUUGAAGUUUCUGAUUGGAGUUUCUACAGAGCUAAGAAAGAGGCUAUGGACAUGCUUGAAGGAAGUGUAAGAGAUCAAUUUGCAAUUGUGGAGGAUUACUGUAACCAAAUUUUGGCUACUAACCCAGCUGUAGGUGUUGAUGGGGAGAACUCAUUAUUCCCUAUAGCUUAUGCAGUAGUGGAGAAAGAGAACACUGAGACAUGGAAAUGGUUCCUUGGGUUGGUAAAGGAAGAUUUAGAUAUUGAUGACCCUUCAAGGUUCACACUAAUGAGUGAUAGACAAAAAGGGCUUGAGAAUGCUAUGAAGAUGCUAUUUCAAGGUUUACAUAUAAGGUAUUGCGUAAGACAUAUGCACUCAAAUUUUAAGAAAGAGUACCCUGGUUUGUUGUUGAAACAAAUGUUGUGGGCAGCUGCUAGAGCUUCUACCAAAGCAGAAUUUUUUAAAUGCAUGAAUGCAAUAAAGGAUGUAAAUGAAGGUGCAUACAACUGGUUAAAUGCUAAGAGUCCCACUGUAUGGACAAGAUCACAUUUCAAUGAGGUCGUAAAAUGUGAUAUGGUGUUGAAUAAUAUGUGUGAGAGUUUCAACUCUGCCAUUGUUGAAGCAAGAGACAAGGCCAUUGUUACACUUCUAGAGAAGAUUAGAUUUUGGUUAAUGGUUAGAUUUUGCAAGAAAAGGGAAAGUGUUGACAAAUGGAAAGAUGGGAUUAGCAAGAGGCUAUGGGAGCUUCUUGAGAAAAACAAAGUCAUAGCCAAAAAAUGCCACGCAACAAGAGCAUCAUGCACAAAGUUUGAGGUUAGACAAGAAAGAGAGGGAAAGUUUACCGUAGACUUAAUGGCUCAAACUUGCACAUGUAGGCGAUUUGAGUUGAAUGGCAUUCCAUGUGCCCAUGCAGUGGCAUCCAUUUGGGUAAGGAGACUCAAUGUGAUAGAUUAUGUUCAUGACUACUACAAGAAGGAUGCAUUUGUUAAAGCUUAUAAAGGUGUUGUGGAACCUAUGCCAAGUCAUGAUAAAUGGACAUUAAGCAUUAAUCAAAUUCUUCCACCUCCUCAAUACAAGCUUCCUGGAAGACCAAAAAAUUCUAGGAAAAGAGAAGUAGAUGAGCCCCCUGCUGGUGCCACAAAAGCUAAUCGACUUGGAGCCAAAAUGCAUUGCUCCAAGUGUGGUGGUGAAGGACAUAACAAAUCCUCUUGUACUAGCCAAAUCAAUGCACAAUGCUUGAUGGUUGAACAAGCCAAACCUGCAAAGAAGAUGGGUAGACCUCUUGCAAAGAAUCCAAAGUAG